AAAAAGGGUAAAUGUCUAUUUUAGAUUUCAGGUCUGAGCAAUGAAAUUCCCCGCAAGAAAACUACUGCCUGCGCUUAUUUUCAUCCUCUCAUGCUUUUCCGUCCUUAGACUUCUCAAACUUGCAAUUACUUAUUCCGAUACUUGGUCUCGAACCGCUGCUUUGUCGUCAUCGCUUGGACGGGAGUGUUCGUCGCCUUCCGAAUGCAGUAAGAUCCGGUUGAAUGCAGCCAAUGAGACCCUUCUCACCCCGAAGGAGUUGAUGCUUGUUUCGAAUCUCAUUACCAGUAAAGCACCUUGUAACCUACUUGUUUUCGGCCUUCAAUCGCAGUACCUGGAUCUCGCAUCGAUGAAUGCCGGAGGGAUCACUCUUUUUCUCGAGGAUGAUCUUUACAGGAUAAGCAAAAUUAAAUCCGAUUCUAACCGGACUCGGAUUUAUAAGGUGAAGUACCAAGUGCCUGCUAAGAAGGCAUACAAGCUACUCAAACAUGCCAGGGGAAAUCCAGCUUGCAACCCAAGCAUAAAUCUGUUGCAACAAUCAAGUUGCAAACUGGCAUUGACGGAUUUACCAAAACAAGUGUAUGAGCUUAAAUGGGAUGUCGUGGUGGUGGACGGGCCUAUCGGGGACACACCGGAUGCCCAGGGAAGGAUGUCAACUAUCUACACUGCAAGCAUGUUGGCAAGAGCAGCCGGGAAUACGACCAACGUCAUGGUGCACGACGUUCACCGGACGAUCGAGAAAUGGUUUUCUUGGGAAUUCCUGUGUGAAGAGAAUAUGGUUUCUGCUAAGGGGAAGUUAUGGAACUUCAGGAUCGCCGGUGAAUCCAAUUCCACAAGCUUUUGCUCUUCCACAUGGCUCAUAUAGAGUAACGCCCUCGUGCAAUUACGUAAU